AUGUAUGUAUGCGAUUAUUCCUCUGACUUAACUGAUGAACGCAUGCUGGACUUGGAUCCUUCACCUCCACCUGACAGUAUUGAACAUGUGCCGAAUGCCAGAGACCCUUUGAUAUCAGAGCAUGUCAACCUGGAAUUUCUGGGGCUCCAAAGGCUGAAGAUACUUUUAAAUUCCAUCAAUUUGAAAGAUUUCAAUAAAGCUGAAUGUGUGGAAAUUUUGAAGAAAGGCCAUUUACUGGGCAUUGCCCCUGGUGGAGGUAGAGAAGCAAACUUUAGUUAUGACUACAACAUAAUGUGGGGUAACAGCACUGGUUUCGCUCGGGUAGCUUUGGAGGCAAAAGUGCCCGUCAUCCCUAUGUUUACACAAAACGUUUGUGAAACAUACAGGAACAUUGGAAAGUCAAGGUUGACAAGAUGGUUAUAUGAGAAAACAAGACUUCUCUACCUUCCCAUAUAUGGAGGACUUCCAGUGAAACUGACGACAUAUAUUGGAGAACCCAUCCCAUAUGAUCCAAAUAUAACAGCUGCAGAGCUGGCUGAAAAAGCAAAGACUGCAAUUGAAAAUCUUCGGGAUAAAUACCAAAUAAGACCAGGAAAUAUGUUAAGAGCUCUUUCAGAACGAUUUGAUAAGCAUUACAAAGCUAACUAGUCCAUAUAAAACAGUUGCAGUGUUUCUGACCUGAUGUCUGUUAUAGGAAGCAUUAAUAAUUAUGUUAUUAAAGCUAAGCUGAUAUACACA